UAUAUUAAAAAAAAUCCUACCAUUAAUUGAUAAAAAAUCGAAAUUUUUCAACAUAAUUUUAAUGAAUAAUUGUGAUAAUGAUAAAUUAUAUGAUUUAGAUAAUCACCUGAAAGUUGGAACUAGUAAUAAGCAUGAACAACUCUAUUCAAACUUGAAAUGUUUUGACGAUUUAAUUUUGAAUCUAUUUCCAAUUGAGUUUUCAUCUCCAUAUUACAAUACGGUAAAAAUUUUGAAUAAUUUGAGUGUUUUAAUCAAAAAUCAUCAACGACAUUUAGUCGAAAAUAGUAACAAACAUGAAGAGAAUUCCAAUUUAAUUUUGAAGAUUUUUUUGUUUCCUAUUUUAGUUGACAAGAUUUUCCAUUCAUUAUUGAUAACUGGAGAUUCAAGUGCUGUUAUGAUCAUGAGAAUUUAUUUUAAUUAUCUAACAGGAUUUGUUAUGAAUGAAUUUUUUCUCAAUCUUAAUACUAAUAGCCAAGUCAAUAAUAUUUUUUCUAAUAAUGACAAAGAUAAAAUAAAUGGUAAUAAAAAUUCCAGUGAAAUGAGUAAAAAUUGGUUUUUAGUUGAAUUUGGAAAGUUUUUACCACGGCUUGAUGAUAAAAAUGAACUAGGGUCUAAUAGUGAUAACAAAGGAAUGCAAAUGAUGUUUGAAUUUUUAGGAGAUGAUUUACCAAGUUUAACAAGACUUAAUUUUUCUUCUCAUGGAAAUACUGAUAAAGAUCUAAUAUUAGAUCAAAACGAUAUUUUUUAUUUUUAAUAAUUAAGGAUGAUGAAUCUUAUUGAAAUAAUGGCUAAACGGUUUU